AUUGGCAGAGAGCAGAUCUCUCGAGGCACAGCAGCCCACUCCGGGAUUCUAUUCUCUCCAGUCAGUCUUCAUUACUCAGGUUUCUGAAAUGGCCAUGGCAGCAGUACCUGAACUCACCAGUGAAAUGAUGGCUUACUACAGUGAUGAGAAUGACCUGUUCUUUGAGGCUGAUGGCCCCGAAAAGAUGAAGGGCUGCCUCCAAAACCUGAGCCACGGUUUUCUGGGAGAUGAGGGCAUCCAGUUGCAAAUCUCCCACCAGCCCGACAACAAGAGUCUUAGGCAUGCCGUGUCGGUCAUUGUGGCUAUGGAGAAACUGAAGAAGAUAUCUUUUCCCUGCUCACAGCCCCUCCAGGAUGAGGACGUGAAGAGCCUCUUUUGCUGCAUCUUUGAAGAAGAACCCAUCAUCUGUGACACGUGGGAUGACGGUUUUAUGUGUGAUGCGGCCAUACAGUCACAGGACUACACGUUCCGAGACAUAAGCCAAAAGAGCCUGGUGCUGUCUGGCUCAUACGAGCUUCGGGCUCUCCACCUCAAUGGACAGAAUAUGAACCAACAAGUGGUGUUCCGCAUGAGCUUUGUGCAUGGGGAGGAAAAUAGUAAGAAGAUACCAGUAGUGUUGUGCAUCAAGAAAAAUAACCUGUACCUGUCCUGUGUGAUGAAAGACGGGAAACCCACCCUACAGCUGGAGAUGUUAGACCCCAAAGUUUACCCAAAGAAGAAGAUGGAAAAGCGAUUUGUCUUCAACAAGACAGAAAUCAAGGGCAAUGUGGAAUUUGAGUCUUCCCAGUUCCCCAACUGGUACAUCAGCACCUCUCAAGCAGAAGAAAUGCCUGUCUUCCUAGGAAAUACCAAAGGUGGUCAGGAUAUAACUGACUUCAUCAUGGAAAGUGCUUCCUAAAGAGACCUGUACCCUAAAGAGAGUCCAAAUGUGCUGAAUAACCCCUGCUGGCUGGCGGAAGGGGAAUAGAAGGGCUUAAACAUG